CUCUUUCCAAGCAACAUCUCCGCCAUAUCUUCCAUAAAUUCAUUGUUACUAGCUCCUCGUUCUCUCAUCUCAAUGCGCAAGAAAGAAAAUCAAGCCAGACUAAAAGUCUUUACUCCACUCUUCGACUUCGAUCAGAUCCACCACUGUGCAGCCAUGUUCGGUGAAAAUUUAUGUGAUGAUGAUGGGUCAAAGCCGGUUGUGAUCCGGGAGGUGUGGUCGCAUAAUUUGGAAUCGGAAUUCGAGUUGAUUGGUGAGGUCAUCGACAGUUACCCUUACAUUUCCAUGGACACGGAAUUCCCUGGCGUUGUUUUCCCUUCUACCAAGCCCUACUUCCGUCAUCGCCGGCCGUCCGAUCACUACAAGCUCCUCAAGUCAAACGUUGACGCGUUGAAUCUGAUCCAGGUGGGCCUCACCCUCUCCGAUUCUGACGGCAACCUUCCGGAUCUAGGCUCGGGUAACCGUUACAUCUGGGAAUUCAAUUUUAGGGAUUUCGAUGUGGAUCGUGACUCAUACGCUCCGGACUCCAUCGAUCUGUUGAGACGUCAGGGGAUCGACUUUGAAAAGAACAGAGAUGAGGGGGUUGACUCGGCUCAGUUCGCCGAACUGAUGAUGUCGUCGGGACUCGUGUGUAAUGACUCGGUGAGUUGGGUUACGUUCCACAGCGCGUACGAUUUUGGGUACCUGGUCAAGAUCUUGACGCGCCGGAACUUGCCCGGUGGGCUGGAGGAGUUUCUGAGUUUGUUGAGGGUGUUUUUCGGAAAUAAUGUUUAUGACGUGAAGCAUAUGAUGCGGUUCUGCAAGAGUUUGUUUGGUGGGUUGGAUCGGGUUGCACGGACCCUUGAGGUGGACCGGGCUGUAGGGAAGUGCCACCAGGCGGGAUCGGAUAGCUUGUUGACGUGGCACGCGUUUCAGAGGAUGAGGGAUUUGUACUUCUUGAAGGACGGACCGGAGAAACAUGCCGGCGUUUUGUAUGGAUUAGAACAAGUGUAUUAAGAAUUCAAAAUUAAUUAAUUAAAUCAAUUAAUUUGUUAAAAAUGAAUAAUUUGUAUAUUACCAGUCUAGUCAACUGUCAAAAAAAUGAAAUUAUAGGUGUUUGGCAGCAAAAACUCUCAAUUGGACUGCUAAUUAACAUUAAUAUUCUCUUGGG